AUGGAAGUUUACUUUCUUGUAUUUCUAUUUAUAUGUACAUAUACGGUAUUAUUUGCAGUGGAUGAUAAUGAGAUGAUACCAUAUCAGAGUUUCUGUGAUCCAUUAAAAAACAAUGGCGAAUGUUCGGAUAAUUUCAAUUGUCGAUGUUCGACGGUAGUACCAACAGGAGAACGAAUUUGUACACUUCAAGUAGAAUGUUCUCUUGCAACACCUUGUAAUUCAGCUGACAAGUGUGAUACAACAGAUUCAAUAUGUGUCAUAGAUAAUCGAUGCAAUGGUCAACAUUUAUGUUAUCCAGUUUCGUUGACUAGUCCAGAUAUGUGUCCACCACUCGCAACAAAUGAUAACAUAAAUAAUGUAGAAUGA